AUGGUAGACUCUAGAGAUGGUUUUACCUGGACGCCCACCGGAGGCUUGCGCCGCGGCUUGCCCACCAUUGGAGUUGUUGAACCGCCUGUGUAUACCUCGCCCUUGUCCGAUGGCAAUCUCGCGUACGACGUCAUUGCCGACAUGUUUGGACGCGUGUGGCGGAUGUUCUGUGAUGUAGAUGGCGACGACCUUCGACAACACUGGAAGUUCCCAUUUGGAACAAAACAGUCGCCCGAGCUAUCGGAAGAGUGGGACAAAAUGUCCUGCCAGGACCGGCUCAAUCAAAUCCAAGAUCGGCUCAGCCUUGAAGAGAGAUCGAUGCUUGAGGCACUGCUGAAGCAGAUGGGUGGGACUUCCCUCGACAAGAUGGGUCUCCUCAACGCCCUUCGAUGGUGGGUAUUGGGCUCCCACAAUCCGACUGGCCUGAACGACAUUGCUCUGCACACUAGACUGCGCAGCGGUAAUGGCACUUUGCACAGACGAAUUUUUGAGCAUGCGGUCUCGUCUGGAAAUCUAUCCUACAGCUUCAACUCAGCAGUCAGUAAGGUAGUGGACACGGGUGAGUAUGUCACAGUGUUUUCCAAAAACGGUCAAUCGUGGAAAACCAAGUCGGUUAUUGCAACUGUUCCGCUGAACGUGUUGGCCGAUAUCGAAUUCUCGCCAGCGCUUCCAACAGCGAAAGUUGAGGCCAGCCGUCAGGGUCAAGUCAACUUGUGCAACAAGCUGCACGUAGACCUUGAUGGCCCCGACUACAAAUCUUGGACAUCCUUCGCUUCUCCUGGAAGAGGUUUUGUAUGCGCUCUGGGAGAUCAUCUAACGCCGGCCAAUAAUUCUCACCUGGUUGCCUUUGGUCCCGAUCCGUCCUCGCCUGGUGGCAUACCCCUAUCGGAUAUAGACCAGGUAAAAAAGGGAAUUCUGCACCUGCUACCUGAAGGGAAGAGAGCCGAAGUCGACUUCCAUCGUAUAGUUGCCCAUGACUGGGUCAAUGACGAGUUUGCCAAGGGUACUUGGUGCUAUAUGGCACCAGGAUUUACGCAGAAAUAUGUUGCUGCUCUGCAGAAGCCGCAUGGAAAUAUCUUGUUCGCUAGCGGGGAUUAUUCCGAGGGUUGGAGGGGCUGGAUCGAUGGUGCUGUGCAAGCAGGUAUGGAAGCGGCUCACACGGUCAUUCAGCUUCAGCGCAAGAAUCUGAAGGAAAACGGGGAAACCAACGUCAACGGCAUCAAUUCAAUGAAGCUUUGA